UAAUCGAUAUUGUGAACCAGAGAAUCCUGUUACAGAAUCCGGCAAAGGAGAAGGAGAGAGAGAGUAGGAUGAUGCUAAGGCAAACGUCGAGUAAGGCUUAUCUAGGGCUACGAGCGUCUCCUCUAGGGUUAGGGCGUCGAUUGUACCACGAGAAUGUGAUCGACCACUUUGAAAACCCUAGGAACGUUGGGUCCUUCAAUAGGAACGACCCUGACGUUGGCACAGGAUUGGUAGGAGCUCCUGCCUGCGGGGACCUCAUGAGCCUCCAGAUUAAGGUCGAUGAUUCCGGUCAGAUCAUUGAUACUCGAUUCAAGACCUUUGGCUGUGGCUCUGCUAUCGCCUCUUCUUCCGUCGCUUCUGAAUGGAUCAAGGGCAAAACCAUAGAGGAAGUUUUGACCAUCAAGAACGCGGAAAUCGCAAAGCAUCUUAGGUUGCCACCGGUCAAGCUACAUUGCAGUAUGCUUGCAGAGGACGCGAUCAAGUCUGCCGUCAGAAACUACAAAGAGAAGCAAGCAAAGGCUAAUGCUGCCACUGAAGGAGAAACUGUGGAGGCCUGAAUCCACUAAUACUAUAUGCCGCUUUGUGCUGUUGCAGCUGCUGAUGAAAUACAAGUUGCAAGGAGAGUGAUCUUGAUAAUGAAAGCUCAAAGCCUAGACAAGUCAAACUUUCUAGCUGAAACGGAAAGUUCUCUUUCACGAAACUAGCCCUUUGUUCCUUCCCUCGCUCUCACACACACUUGUCAGUGCUGCUUAUUGAUUCUCCUCUGUUUCCACUUUCUCUCUUGCUCCCUCUCAUACUCUUGCUUUCUUUAAUCCGAAUG